AUGGCAGAACCGAUCGGCCUCGCUCUGGGGACCGUGGCAUUGGCAUCACUGUUCACGACUUGCAUUGAUUUCAUGGAGUACUUCGAGCUAAGCAAAGACUACAAGUCGACCUACAACACGGCAUGCUUGAAACUGUCUCUGCUCCAGUCGCGCCUGGACACUUGGGGCAGAACCCUGGGGCUUCACGACGACUACCGCACCAGACACGAGAGGAGCGAGCCAUGCCUGAACUGGCCUUGCCAGGGAAAUGUGAUCGAAUCAAGCCUGCAGGGAAUUGCCGAUAUUUUUGGAAACGCAGACAUCUUGAAAGAUAAGUAUCGGCUCGUACCCCGCAGAACGACAAAGGUCAACCACGACGGCUCAAAGAGCGACCAGGCUUCUGCUGCCAACCCUAAGAAAGGCAGACGCCACCUUUUCGCUGUUGGAACUCGUCGUAUCUCUUUUAGCCGUCGUUCGACCACCUGGGCGAUACGCGACAAGCAGAGAUUUGAUAUCUUGAUCGACGACCUUGAUUUCCUGAUAUCAAAUCUAGAGGCAGUCUCGUUUGGGCAGCCUACUCCCUCUACACAGGUCAUGAACCGCAAUAACAACUCUAAUACGAUCGGCUCAGCCGCCGAUACGACUCCUCGAGUAUCCAGCCAGUCACCUGACAUCGUCGCAAACCAAAGUGCGCACAGAGCACCACCAAGUAUGUCGCAGCAGUGGCAGCCGCAAGAGCCCGGAAACGGGGCGGGCUCAAGCCCUUCGGUCCAACAUGGUGCCGCUGAAGGAACGGCACAACCUUCGCUCUCACGAGGAUACCAUUUCAAGAUCGAUAGUGUCACGGACAACGUGCAGGCGCACCAAGGAACAGUGGGCCAAGCAACAUUGACAGCCCUUCCUGAGGGACACACUUUCAGUGGUACCAUUGUCAAAGCAAGCGGCUACGCCAGGGUGACUCAGGGGGCAAUCAGCGAGAUUGCUUACGGCACGACAUCUCACGAUCGUACCUGA